AUGAGUGACUCAGGCUAUUCCUAUGGCGAUGACGGAGGCACGGUGGGCUUGGAGAACGACCUGCCAGGGUCCAUUGAAGAGCCUUUGGGCAGCCAAGCUUCGGAGAAGCCUUACAUCGAGCACUUCAGGGAUGCCGCGAAGGUAUAUCGGUGCGGCCAGACCUUUCUAGAUAGGUUUAACAUGGAUCCCUAUGCAGUACAUCGCAAAGACAAUUUGUACUAUCCAUUCAUGUCCCGUCAGGAUUGGGAGCUCGGCAGUGUUCUCCUGUGCUCGUCAUUAAGUAUGGCAGCCAUGGACGAGUUCCUGGGGCUGAAACUAGUUAAAGCAUUGCCCCUCUCCUUUCGUACCACCAAGGAGUUACAUGGGCGUUCUGAGCUGCUGCCUUCUGUUCCGAAGUGGCAGUACCACAUCAUCUCGACGACUCACCCAACAAAGAAACCUCUACAUCUUUACUGGCGCGAUCCAUUAGAUUGCAUCGAAUCGCUUUUUAGCCACCCGCUCUUUGCAAACAAAAUAGAUCUCACACCUCAACGUGUUUAUGAUACAGUGGAAUGUACAGCACGAAUUUACAGCAAAUGGGUAACGGGGGACACAGCAUGGUCAAUGCAGUCACAACUUCCGGAUGGUGCAACAUUGUUAGGCAUCAUCCUUUCCUCCGAUAAAACCAACAUUACCAACAUGACUGGUGGACGUGUUGCUCACCCGCUCCUGAUCAGCCUUGCCAAUAUCAAGAUGGCGACUCGAAAUAAGGCAUCCUCACAUGCUUUCCUCCUGACAGCACUGCUUCCAAUUGCUGAAUUUUUGCAUCCGGUGAAGCGGAUGCAGAGUGUUCUUGAAGCCCGCUUGGUCCACCAAUGUCUAGAUAUUGUGCUGGAGCCACUCAAGCAAGCUACACGCAUCGGGCAGAUGAUGUCAGACCCGCUUGGGAACCUCAGAUAUUCUAAAACGACUCUCAGCCAGCUUUCAAGCAUCAAUUGUGAUCCUCUUGACGUUGAAGGCUACUUCAAUGCAUGUGCCGCCUUCCGCCUGAGUGGUGUGGCCCAGCCAUUCUGGCGCAAUCGGCCACUUGCAGAUCCAUAUCUGUUUUUGACUCCAGAAUCCCUGCAUCACUGGCACCGUGAGUGCUAUGAUCACAAUGUUAAGUGGUGUCUUGCAGCUGUUGGUGAGCAGGAACUAGACUUUCGCUUCUCCAUUUUACAACCACUCAUGACGUUCCGACGCUUCAAUGGCGGUAUUUCAAAUCUUAAACAAGUCACUGGAAGAGCCCAGUGCGACAUGCAACGUUAUAUUGUUGCUCUCAUUGCAGAUGCAGCCCCCCAUGGCGUUGUCAUAGCUAUUUGUGCGCUGAUGGAUUUUCGCUACUUAUCACAGGCGACAACGAUCAAUCAAGAACAUUUCGGUUCUCUCUUGCAGUGGUCUGCCGACACCACCGAGCAUGCUCACAUCACCCUUAUCAAGGAUCCUGCAGAUUCCACCAACAACAUCAAUUAUGAUGCUCAAAUAUGCCGGUUUCUUGAUCGCCAAGAAAAGUGUCGAAACUUUCAGAUCACAACAUCGAUAAUCGCUCAGUCAGAGUCAGAGUCACAACUUGAAGCCUCUGCUUCUUCAUCUCGAAUGAUGGAUGAUGAUUCUGAACAUCAUGACUCAGAUGAAGGUCCACUGGCAUAUAUUGAUGAAGCUCAUUUGCAGACAGUUUCAGAUGAUCUCUGGGGGCCGAAGCGUGUUGUGACCAAUUUUUUCAGAAAGGCAGAGCAAGUCUCUUUGGACAUCCAAGGAGCCAGACCUCUCCGCACAUUUGUGGUCGGUGCAACAGCAAUUCACCUCAAUUUUGAUCCUUCCAUACGACACAUACCAGUCGAUGUCAUUGCUGAAAAACUAUCUCUACCCGACUUGCAGGGAGCACUCGCUGACUAUAUUCAACGAGAGGGUACUACGGCUCAGAAAUUCCACUUGCUGGGGGGACAACGCCGAGCACCGUCCGAUGCACCUCUUCCAUUUGACGACCUUAUGGUCUGGUUCAAAGUGCAUGUGCAGCAGGCAUCAUACCAUACCCCGUCGAUCAUUCCUCCUGCUCUCACGGUCAAUGCAUCUCCCCUGAGUGCAACUUGGAAGCAUGGCCACUACGAUGCUGCUAUUUUCGUCGUUGAUGACACCAGACAUGAACAAUGGCCCACUAGUGGGCUUAAAGGCCAUGCUGUUGUUGAGGUGCACCUUAUCAUGCAACCACUUCCUCCACGGGGAACUAGUAGUAGUGCCUCUUGGGCUGCGCAUUUCCUUAUGUAUGUUCAACGGUUGGAUGUCAUGCCUCAGCAACAUGGCAAAUUACUAGAACACACAAUGCAAAUGCAUGUUUUAAAGUGUGCAAUGCGAUCAGCAGGGACUCCUUUUGGUGACAUCCUCCCACUAGAUCAACUUCGUUCUCUGGCUCACAUUAUCCCCCACUUUGGCCAUGUUGCCGAUUCAUGUCUAACAGCGGAAAAUAGUGCUCAUUUUGCUCAGACGUUCUUCUUGAACAAAUACAUUGACAAGGACUUCUACUAUGCUAUCUCAAACUCCGAGCCGUAG